AUGGCUUGGACUCCUGGUCAGGCACUUGGCAAGGGCUUAUGGAUGAGCUCGCGAAGCGCGGCAUUAAGACCUUUGCAGUCGACCUUCGAGGUCACGGAGAGUCUCCUUUGGGUGACCCGAAGGAUUUCUCACCGCAGCAGCUGGCGGCAGACGUGCGUGCAGCGCUCCAGGCCGCGGGCUUGCUGGACUCGCGUGUGGCGCUGGUUGGGCACAGUAUGGGUGGGCGAAUUGCUAUGCAGUAUGCUGCGGACUAUCCGGAAGACUUGUGCGUUUUAG